CCUUCCCCGCCUGCCUCCUUCUCUCCCUGCCUUCCUCGUCACCGACUCGAGCCAUCUAUAAAUCCCCUUUUCUGGCAUAGCCCCGCCGUGGGAGAGGAAGCCCCUGUGCUCGUGGCGCCCGGGACCAGAGGAGCCGCCGCCGCCGAUUACGCCGCUCUCGCCUCGCCGCCAGCUCCGGGGGAAAGGCGCUCGUGGUCCCAGCACCCCCCAGCCACCCCGCGCCCGGCCGGCGUCUGCCUCUCGCUCGUCCCCCCCUCUCCCCACCCUUUGUCUCUGUUGCCGCCUUCCUCUCGCCGCCGCCGCCCCAGGAUGUCGGAGAAGUCCGCCGAGGAGGCUCCGGUGGAGCUGGGGGCCAAGGACCUGAAAGAGAAAAAGGAGAAGCAUGAGGAGAAAUCUGCUCGUAAGGAGAAGAAGGAGAUCAUAGAGGACGAUGAAAAUGGCGCUGAGGAAGAGGAAGAUGACGAAGACGCAAAUCCUGAGGAUGUGGAUGAUGAGGAUGAAGACGACGAAGAUGAUGAGAAUGACCAGGAGCCCGACACACACGCCGUAAAACGAUCUGCGGAGAAGAAGCAGGAGGAGGAUGAAGUGGAUCCAAAGAGGAAGAAGACAGAAAACGGCUCUUCUGCUUGAAACGCGCCCCCCCCCCUUUCCUGGUGUCCACAUCCUAUUCCCUCCACUGUCCCGUCGGUCCCCUCACCCUCACUGCCCCCACCUGCGCCGGCACCUAUUUUGAAGUGCCACCAUCCUGGAGGGGGGAGGAGGCAUUCAGUGUGCUCUCCAGCAAGGGAGGGAGGGAGCUGAAGGAGGCUCUCCCCCUGCCCCGAGGCCCGUUCCACAUUACAGUGCUCCCUACAGUUUUAACUCCCACCUAGCUGCUGAUCCGUCCUCCGCCUCCCGGUUGCAGCGCCCUCCCCGUUCCGGCAAACGUUCACCUCCCCUGCCCAAGCACCCCCCCCCACAACCGCUGCCUAACUGAGAUCCUCGCUUGCUUACGUUUCGACACUUCUUGUGCAAAAAACCACCACCUCCACCCCGCUCUCUGCGCUCCACCAACUACAUCCCCCCCCUCUCUUCUUCCUUCGGUCCUUUACAGAGUCCCGCAAGCUUGUGGGACGUGUGCGGUGCUGAAAGGGUUUAGUCCAGUCCGGGAUUCCGGGGGUGGGGGGAGUCAAACGGGCAGGGAAUGGUGGCAGCGAUCCAUUCGCGUCGUCUGCCGGGUUCCCUUUCCACGGCUGGGAGAAGGCAAGAGAGAGGGAAGAAAAACGCAACAAUGAAAAAUCGUGUUUGUUUUUUUUAAAAAAGAAACCGAAACGUGCAUAGCAACAAAGAUUUUAAUUAUGAAUACAUUUUGUACAAAUUUACAUGGCAAGGCAGCAAGCUGUAUCUGGUGAUUGUUUUUUUCCCCUCCAGAGGCAAUGCUUGUUUUAUAACGUGUAUAAGAUCAUAUGUGAUUCAGUGGUUUGUUAUUUUUUUCUCCCUUCCUCAUUUUGGGUCUUUGGAAAAAUAAAUAAAUUAGGGACCAAAUUUUUAGUUCCCCCUUGUUCCCUCCAGGUUCUUCUGUUCUUUUUUUUUUCUUUGUAAAUUAAGGCAGAACCAUCUGCAGUAUUUUCUAUGGCACAGACAUUAUGAGGAUGAGAAAUAUAAAUAUAUAUAUUGUUUAG